UGAACAUUCAUCUCAUGAAGUAAGUUUCAUCAGCAUCUGCUUCAGUUGUGAGUUCAGAGAGAGAGAAGAUGUUACUGUCAAAUCUCUUGUGUUUUCUUCUUAUAUUGAUGCUCUCAGUUUUCACUGGAGGAGAGGAUGUGUAUUUCGGAGGUCGGUUGUCCAGAUGCAUCUACAGCACCAGUGAUUACAGUGACAUGGUGUUCAUGGAUGACUAUUUAUUCAAUAAAGAUAAGGUCUUACAGUUCAACAGCACUCUGGGGAAGUUUGUGGGGUAUACUGAUCUUGGAGUGAUGAAUGCAGAGAGACUGAAUAAAGAUCCAAACAUCCUGCAGCAAUAUCAAGCUAAUGUGGACAGAUUCUGCAGACAUAAUGCUCAACUCUUUGACUCAGCUGUCCGUGAUAAAACUGUGGAACCGACUGUAAAGAUCACUUCAGUAAAGCAGUCUCAUGGUGGAAAUCAAGCCAUGUUGAUGUGCAGCGCGUUCCGCUUCUACCCACAAAGAAUCACAGUGUCCUGGCUGAAAGACGAUAAACCGGUGACCUCUGAUGUGACCUCCACUGAGGAGUUGGCUGAUGGGGACUGGUACUAUCAGAUCCACUCGCACCUGGAAUACACUCCUAAAUCUGGAGAGAAGAUCUCCUGCAUGGUGCAUCACGCCAGCCUCAAGAAACCCAAAAUUGUUGACUGGGAUCCCUCUCUCCCCGAGUCUGAGAGAAAUAAGAUUGUUAUCGGGGCCUCUGGACUGGUGCUGGGAAUCGUCAUAGCAGCUGCUGGACUCAUUUACUACAAGAAGAAAUCAAACGGGAGGAUCCUGGUACCACAUUAAUGAUGCUGAGUUUAAUGAAACAUUUGAAACCUGGAACAGAAACAUUUUUCUCAUUUAUCUGUAACACACAUUACAUGUGCUCUUUGUUUUUAAGAAUCCUGUUUUACAAUCAUAAAUAAUGAAAUACUGAAUUCUCAAACUCUGUCACAUGAUUAUUAAUUGCACACAUUUGCACGUCCUCAAACUGUUUAAAUGGGAAUCAAGUUUGGACCGCUGAUGGAGAAGCAUCAGUCGUAAUGAUGACUUUAAUACACAAUCUCCUUUUUCUGAGCUUUUAACAGUUUUUUCCCUGUUUUUUAAUUUUUUUUGUACAAUGAAAACACAAUGGGAACGCAAAAACAAUAUAAGUUCUUAUACAUGUGUUUAACUCACAUUUUGGAUCUUUAUGUAAUUGAUUUUGAUAUUCUUAAAAACUAUUAUAAACAAAACAAACUUCUGAUUAUGUAAAUAAUGUGUGAAAUGUGUUUGGAGAUUAUUGCUCUUGCUUCAUUUCCAGGAUUUCCUGAUUCAUUUACUCAGAAGCAAAAGAGAUUGAUAAUGCUUAGCAUGGUAUCAUUUAUUUAAUAUGAUUAUAUGUAUUCUGAAGACAGAUUAGAAGAGGUACAUGCUGCAAACUAAUAGGCCUUUUGUUUCAAAUAGAAAAUCCUAUUUUUAUAGAUAAUGAUACGAAUCUAUCAAAUUUCUAUUGAUGUUACUGUAAUGAGCCCAACAGGACUCUUUAAUUUUGCAUUUUUCUUCCUUAUUAUCCUAGAAAUUACACUUGCAUAAUAAUUGAUGCUUCAAAACAUCCACAAAUACAUUUGUUGUUUCUUAUGUAAACUAAAGCUUCAAAUAAAUAUUUCUAUAGGCUUUACAAA